UUCAGUGUCUACAGGGAAUAACUUGAGUCUUUUCAAAGAAAGGUGGCAUGGCGUUAGCAAGAGCAAUCUUUUCUUUAUGAUUGGCAUGUAAGCAGUAUUUCUAACCCCCACAGUCUAACUUCAGUGGUAUCACCCAAACCCGUUCAACUGGUCAUGCAUAGUACCCUUUUGCUGUGCGAGCCACGUUGUGUUGUGUUGUACAAAAACAACGGGUUACCAUGUUUAGGUGUACAACUCUAUCUUGAACUGUUAAAAAAAACAUGAGAUAUCACAAGGUGGAUCUUCCUUGUCGAAGAGAAGCGACUUUUUGCGAAGCCUGGAGAUGGACGUGGUUGUGUUCUUUGCGCCUGUGAACAAUGCACACAAUUGAAGGGAUUGUUAGCCUCGGGCUGCUCAAGUAUUGUUGUCAGAUGCACUCGCUGACCUGGUCUACCGACGUCUGAACAAAACUCUGCGCAGACAUCCUGCCGGCUUCUUUUGAAACGAGAACAGACUACAACCAUAGCAAGCAGACAUGUCCUCGCACAAGCAUAUCCUAAGGAUCAACGUGUCGGGGUUGAAGUUUGCGAUCUGUUGCUGCAAGUUGGACCAGUAUCCGGCCACUCUCCUGGGCAGUCCCAAGAGGCGAGCGAAGUACUACGACCCGGUACGACGGGAAUACUUUCUCGACCGACACAGGCCGACUGCGGAGGCUGUCUUCCACUUCUACCAUAGCAGCGGCACCCUCCAAAAGCCAGAAGAAGUGCCCAUGGACACUUUCAUAGAGGAACUCAAGUUCUACGACCUCGGUAAAGAUGUGAUGGAAGAGUACUUGCGAGGACAGGGGUACGUGCCGAAAAAGCAACACCCCCUUCCGCCGGAAAGUCAGAAGUUAAAAAGGACGAUCUGGCUGCUCUUCGAGCAUUCCAACAGUUCCAAGGCGGCCACGUUCAUCGCAGUGGUGUCCAUCACGUUCAUUCUGGUGUCCAUAAUCGGGCUGUGUUUGGAGACUCUCCCUGUGUUUCACAAGGACAAACACAAACCUGCAACACCCACUGACGACAGGACAAACUCCACCUCCUCUCCACACCAGGCCUGGGGCAGACUAGAAGAAGAGAUGGAGACUGGGGACCCGUACAAGGACGACCCGUUCUUCCUCCUGGAGACCGUCUGUAUCUGCUGGUUCACUAUCGAGCUCAUCCUCCGCUUCUACUCCUGUCCGAACAGAAGGGUCUUCUUCAAAAGCCUCCUGAACGUGGUGGAUCUCCUGUCCAUCCUGCCGUACUACGUGACGUUAGUGAUCGCGGGUUUAGCGGGGCAUGACCAGGACAUCGACCUGCGCUUCUUGUUUGUCCUGAGGGUGCUGCGGACCUUCAAACUGUCCAGGUACAACCGGGGCUUCAAGGUCCUGGGCAAGACCCUAGCGCGGAGCCUGUCUGAUAUCGGCAUGUUGAUGGUGUUCCUGUCCAUCGUGGUGGUGCUCUUCUCCUCCAUCAUGUACUUCGUGGAGGCCAGCGACCCAGCCACCAAGUUCCAGUCCAUCCCUGACGGCUUCUGGUGGGCCAUCAUCACCAUCGUCACGGUGGGAUACGGCGACAUGUACCCAACAACCACGGUCGGAAAGCUCAUCGGUGCACUGUGCGUCAUAUCCGGUCUGCUGUCCAUUGCCCUUCCGGUUCCCGUCAUUGUCUCCAACUUCGAGAUGUUUUACAACCAGCAGGUUAUCGAGGAUGACGAGGGGGAGGAGGUGAAAGUGAAGGAAGAGCCGGAGGAAAUCGGGACCCUGUCCGACAUCCACUCCUUGGCUGACCGACAGAGUGACGUGGACAGUGGCCUGGGACGGUCCCCCCUUCACUCCAUCAGGUCAAAAUGGGGCGGAGAAAAGAAAGACGCCGACCGGGAGUCGAUGGUCUAGAAAAAGUCGGGAUCAACGAAAAGUCGGGAUCAACGAACUAUUUUUGCAUAUUAUACCACGCUUUUGCACAGCAUCCCCACUAAUUAUAAAGUAUGCGUAUUCACUAGCGAGAUUUUGUCAAAGUUAACUUUGAUAUAUCAUACUAUUGUUGCGUAUUUGUGGCAAAUAAAACUGAAGUUUGUUAAUAUUUCUGCAACUGGAUUAGGGGAACGUUUAUAACAAAGUGCUAUGUAAUUAUUAUAUAAAUGCAUCAAUAGGUGAACGCAUGGGGCUUUGAAAAGAGUAAUAUUAGUUCCUUAUUUGUAUAGCAUCAUCAGGCAUGGGAGAUAAGUGGAACCCUGUAUGUACACGUGUACUAAGGUUAAUGCACUGCCGUCUGUUUUGCAAGCUACCUGUACGUUUAAUGUAACAUUUAUUUUUAUAUAACGUAAUUUAUCACACACUAGUAUUCGUAGAUUGUGGAAAUCUGUGGGAAUGUCGAAUUAUGUAUGGAUCUAUGUGUAUAAAUGCCAGAUAUUGCCGUUAUAUACUAGACGCAUAAGAUUUGUUGUUUAUUCAAUACUGAAGCUAUUCUGAUGUAUUCAUACGAAAGCCAUAUAGCUUUAAACAUUUAAAAGUACGAUAGUCUCCACAUGUACAAUGUUAUGUACAAUGUUAUUCUGAUUAAGUAAUGAGCAGUAUGACAGUGGAGAGAAGUAAGUACGUAACGCUAAACUUAUAAAGAUUUGCGAAUCUCUACCGCUAAUCUUCAAUUCUAAUCGCAAUUCUCAUUUAGAAGACUUAUGAUGGGGCUGCUGGUAUCAUUAAACAUAUGUCAAUACUACA